AUGGAUGCAGACUUCACUGCCUUAGAAGGUGGGUGGAGAGAGACAGGGAGGGGACUGUGGCAAGAGAAUGUGAGAAUAAUGUGGGAAUUAUGUGGAUGUGGUGUGGGUCUUUCUGGGGAGAGAGAGAGAGAGAUAAUUGAUGUAGACAGUGGGAGGUAGUGAGAGAGGGGGAGGUAGGGGAUGGGGGGGGGGGUUGAUAACGUAGAGAGAGGGGAGGGCAAAGAGACAGAGAAUGUGAGAAGACGUAGAUUUCAACAGGAUCAGAUUUCCAUCCCAGUGUCACUCUUGAACGUGUAACACCUCUAGACGCUUUUUAGGAGUAAUCUCAGUGACGUGUGUGUAAUCUGUGCGUGCGUUCAUCCGUGUGUAUGUGCUGGAUAGAGAUUACAGAGUGUGUAUGUGCUGGAUAGAGAUUACAGAGUGUGUAUGUGCUGGAUAGAGAUUACAGCGUGUGUAUGUGCUGGAUAGAGAUUACAGUGUGUGUAUGUGCUGGAUAUAGAUUACAGAGUGUGUAUGUGCUGGAUAGAGAUUACAGAGUGUGUAUGUGCUGGAUAGAGAUUACAGCGUGUGUAUGUGCUGGAUAGAGAUUACAGCGUGUGUAUGUGCUGGAUAGAGAUUACAGCGUGUGUAUGUGCUGGAUAUAGAUUACAGAGUGUGUAUGUGCUGGAUAGAGAUUACAGCGUGUGUAUGUGCUGGAUAUAGAUUACAGAGUGUGUAUGUGCUGGAUAGAAAUUACAGCGUUGCCUUAGUGCUUGUUUUACACGUCCACCUACCUCCCUCCCACACUAUGGUUUACUUCCCAAAUGGUACCCUAUUCCCUAUUUAGUGUACUACUUUUGAACAGGGCCCAUAGGGCUGCAGACAUGUUCACUUACUCAGUUUAAUCUCCAUCCUGUUUCUUCCACGUUACUUACUGAUUCCUCCUGAAACAUACACAGCCUUAUUAAUACCCUCUUAUUCAUCUCUCUCUCCCCUCUCACUAUAUCUCUCUCUCUCCCCUCUCACUAUAUCUCUCUCUCUCCCCCUCUCACUAUAUCUCUCAUCUCUCUCUCGUCUGUCUCUCUCUUUCUGUCUGUCUAUAUGUCUCACUCCCCCCCCCCCCCCCCCCGCGCUCUCUCCCCCUCUCUGUCUGUCAUGUAGAAUGAUCAUGACAGCUCAGACAUACUGUCAGGGCCUAGAUACAUCCAGAGUAGGCUAACAGAGAUGGUAUUAACAUCUGUUUCUCUUGUUUUAUGUUGUUGGCAGGAAUCGACUACAAGACGACUACGAUACUCCUAGACGGAAGAAAAGUCAAGCUGCAGCUCUGGUGAGUGAAGUCACUGUACACAGCACACACUCCCGCGCGUGCACAAACACACACACCCGUCUGUUACCCUGCUAAGCCCAUCCCAAUUCCACAUCAGGGUUAUUGGAACAUAUUGAAACUGUAAAUGGGACUCUAUGGCCUCGUAGUUCCUGUCCCAAAUGGCACCCUGUUUCCUAUAUAGUGCACAACUUUUGACCAGGUCCCAUAUGGCUCUAUAUAGGUGAUAGAGUGCAAUUUGGUACACAGCCGCUGUUUUAUUAGAUAGAUGAUGCUGCCUGUAUCGUGUUGAUCAGAUUAGGAGAAGAAUAGAGUAUUGUCAGAGAGAGAGAGAGACAUUCCUGAGAGUUGUUGUAAGGAGAAGAGCAACGGGAGAGAGAGCUCUGUACAGAGGCUCAAUAAGAAACAUGUGAGUCUGAUUACACUGAGGGGAAUUGUAGCCAGAUUUGUUAAAGAAGCAGAAUAGGGAUGAGGGAAAGAAACACACACAGUACACACACACAGUACACACACAGUACACACAGUACACACACACACACAGUACACACACAGUACACACACAGCACACACACACACAGUACACACACAGUACACACACACAGUACACACACACACACACACCACACAGUACACACAGUACACACACACACACACAUAGUACACACACAGUACACACAGCACACACACAGUACACACACACACAACACCACAGUACACACACACACACACACACACCACACAGUACACCACACAGUACACACACACAGUACACACACACACACAACACACCCCACACACACACCAACACACACCACACAGACACACACACACACAGUACACACACACACACCACAGUACACACCACACAGUACACACACACACACACCACCACAACCCACACACACACACACACACACACACACACAUACACACACAGCAACACAGUACACACACACAACACACAUAACACCACACAAACACACCAGUACCACACACACCCAGUACCACACACAUACACACACACAGUACACACCCCACACCAGUACACACACAGACACACACAUACACACACACAUACACACAUACACACACACACAGUACACACACAGUCAACACAUACACACAACAGACACACAUACACACACAGUACACACACACACACUGUACACACACAACCAGUACAACAGUACCAAGCACAACACACAUACAUACACACAACAAUUACACACUACACACACAGUACACCACACACAGUACAACCACACACAACACACACACACAACAUCACACACACACACACACAGACACAGUACACACCCACACAGUACACACAGUACACACACAGUACACACACACACAGUACACACACACACACACACAGUACACACACACAGGACACACACACACAGUACACACACACAGUACAUACACACACACACACAGUACAUACAGUGCCUUCAGAAAGUAUUCACACGCCUUGACCUUUUCCACAUUUUGUUACAGCAUGAAUUUAAAAUGGAUUAAAUUACAUUUCUUUUUUUUACUAGCCUACACACAAUACCCCAUAAUGCCAAAGUGGAAUUAUGUUUUUAGAAUUUUUUACAAAUUAAUUAAACAUGAAAAGCUGAAAUGUCUUGAUUCAAAACCCCUUUGUUAUGUCAAACCUAAAUAAGUUGAGGAGUAAAAAUGUGCUUAAAGUCACAUAAUAAGCUGCAUGUACUUAACCGGUGUGCAAUAAUAGUGUUUAACAUGAUUUUUGAAUGACUACCUCAUCUCUGUACCCCACACAUACAGUUACAGUGGCUUGCGAAAGUAUUCACCCCCUUGGCAUUUUUCCUAUUUUGUUGCCUUACAACCUGGAAUUAAAAUUGAUUUUGGAGGGGUUUGUAUCGUUUGAUUUACACAACAUGCCUACCACUUUGAAGAUGCAAAAAAAAAAUAUUCUGAAAGAAACAAGAAAUAAGACAAAAAAACAGAACUUGAGUGUGCAUAACUAUUCACCCCCCCCAAAGUCAAUACUUUGUAGAGCCACCUUUUGCAGCAAAUACAGCUGCAGGUCUCUUGGGGUAUGUCUCUAUAAGCUUGGCACAUCUAGCCACUGGGAUUUUUGCCCAUCCUUCAAGGCAAAACUGCUCCAGCUCCUUCAAGUUGGAUGGGUUCCGCUGGUGUACAGCAAUCUUUAAGUCAUACCACAGAUUCUCAAUUGGAUUGAGGUCUGGGCUUUGACUAGGCCAUUCCAAGACAUUUAAAUGUUUCCCCUUAAACCACUCAAGUGCUGCUUUAGCAGUAUGCUUAAGGUCAUUGUCCUGCUGGAUGGUGAACCUCUGUCCCAGUCUCAAAUCUCUGGAAGACUGAAACAGGUUUCCCUCAAGAAUGUCCCUGUAUUUAGCGCCAUCCAUCAUUCCUUCAAUUCUGACCAGUUUCCCAGUCACUGCCGAUGAAAAAACAUCCCCACAGCAUGAUGCUGCCACCACCAUUCUUCACUGUGGGGAUGGUGUUCUCGGGGUGAUGAGAGUUGUUGGGUUUGCGCCAGACAUAGCGUUUUCCUUGAUGGCCAAAAAGCUCAAUUUUAAUCUCAUCUGACCAGAGUACCUUCUUCCAUAUGUUUGGGGAGUCUCCCACAUGCCUUUUGGCGAACACCAAACGUGUUUGCUUAUUUUUUUCUUUAAGCAAUGGCUUUUUUCUGUCCACUCUUCCAUAAAGCCCAGCUCUGUGGAGUGUACGGCUUAAAAUGGUCCUAUGGACAGAUACUCCAACCUCCGCUGUGGAGCUUUGCAGCUCCUUCAGCGUUAUCUUUGGUCUCUUUGUUGCCUCUCUGAGUAAUGCCCUCCUUGCCUGGUCUGUGAGUUUUGGUGGGCGGCCCUCUCUUGGCAGGUUUGUUGUUGUGCCAUAUUCUUUCAAUUUUUUAAUAAUGAAUUUAAUGGUGCUCUGUGGGAUGUUCAAAGUUUCUGAUAUUUCUUUAUAACCCAACCCUGAUCUGUACUUCUCCACAACUUUGUCCCUGACCUGUUUGGAGAGCUCCUUGGUCUUCAUGGUGCCGCUUGCUUGGUGGUGCCCCUUGCUUAGUGGUGUUGCAGACUCUGGGGCCUUUCAGAACAGGUGUAUAUAUAUACUGAGAUCAUGUGACUUUACAGGUGGACUUUAUUUAACUCAUUAUGUGACUUCUGAAGGUAAUUGGUUGCAUCAGAUCUUAUUUAGGGGAUUCAUAGCAAAGGGGGUGAAUACAUAUGCACUCACCACUUUUCCGUUAUUUAUUUUUUAGAAUUUUCUGAAACAAGUGAUUUUUUAAAUUUCACUUCACCAAUUUGGACUAUUUUGUGUAUGUCCAUUACAUGAAAUCCAAAUAAAAAUAAAUUUAAAUUACAGGUUGUAAUGCAACCAAAUAGGAAAAACGCCAAGGGGGAUGAAUACUUGCAAGGCACUGUAUCUGUAAGGUCCCACAGUUGAGCAGUGCAUUUCAAACACAGAUUGAACCGUAAAGACCAGGGAGGUUUUCCAAUGCCUCGCAAAGAAGGGCACCUAUUGAUAGAUGGGUAAAAAAAAAAAAAGACAUUGAAUAUCCCAUUGAGCAUGGUGGAGUGUGUAUCAAUACACCCAGUCACUACAAAGAUACAGGCGUCCUUCCUAACUCAGUUGCUGGAGAGGAAGGAAACCGCUUAGGGAUUUCACGAUGAGGCCAAUGAUGAUGUCACGACUUCCUCCGAAGCUGCCUCCUCUCCUUGUUCGGGCAGGCUUCGGCGUUCGUCGUCACCGGCCUUCUAGCCACUGCCGCUCCUCAUCUCAUCAUUCCAUUUGUUUUGUCUUGUUUAUUACACACACCUGGUUCAUAUCCCCUCAUCAGUACCUGUAUAAGUGUUCCCUCUGCCCCCUUGUCUUUGUGUGUGAUUGUUUAUUGUGGAGGAGAGAGAAGCUCGGUGGAGCUCCGUGUAUUUUGUAUCGCAGGGAAUAUUCCUCGUGUGCCUUGUCUUUUCCAGUGCGCCUGUUUUGUGCACUGGAGUGUUUUUUACGCAUUACUGCUUAACUCUGUGGUUCAGAAUAAAUCUUGUUAUUCUGUGAUUUACCCUACUGGUAAAAAAAAUGGUUGUCUAGCAAUGAUCAACAACCAACUUCACAGAGCUUGAAGAAUUUUGAAAAGAAUAAUGGGCAAAUGUACAAUCCAGGUGUGCAAAGCUCUUAGAGACUUACCCAGAAAUACACACAGCUGUACUCACUGCCAAAGGUGAUUCUAACAUGUAUUGACUCAGGGGUGUGAAAACUAAUGUAAAUUAGAUAUUUCUGUAUUUCAUUUUCAAUACAUUUGCCAAAAUGUGUACUUUGUUAUUAUGGGGUAUUGUGUGUAGAUAGGUGAAAUAUAUUUUUUUGUAAUCCAUUUUGAAUUCAGGCUGUAACACAACAAAAUGUGGAAUAAGUCAGGGGGUGUGACUACUUUCUGAAGGCACGGUACACACAUGCAUGCACACAUGCACAGACGCACACUAAUCCACAUCACACACACACACACUCUGUGGUUCCCAUCGUGUGUCCUCUACCCUCCUCCUCUUUACUCCUAACCAAUUACCAUGAGAGUGCUACUUUUAUUUUUAGUGGGUUUUGCUUUCAGUCAAGUCAAUAUUACAUUAUUAAUCUGGAAACUUUGUUUGAUGUUUAAAAGGAUGAGACGCGUUAGCACUUUAACAGGAGGGGUGUUAGUAAUGCUCUCUAUGCUCCUCCCCAUGACUACAUGCUAAUCGCAGCUAGCAAGUGUGGCAUUGGGGGAAGGGGAACAUUGGUAAAAUGCUAGCGUGGCUAGCGUAGCAUUAGCGAAGAGCUAGUGAGGCAUGGUGGAACAUUGGUAAAUUAUAGCGUGGCUAACAUAUUAGCAAAGAGCUAGCAAGCGGUUAGCGUGCAGAAUUGGCCAGUUGUGAAAAUUGGAAACUUGGCAAGGAUAUCCAAUCUGCAUGUGAAGUAGGCCUAUGGAUACACACAACAAGAUGAUUGCAAAUCUGCAGCUUGUGAGAAGAAAGGAGAAUAUGAGCAUUUAAACCAUGUAUGGUUAUUCUCCUAUUAUUAUUAUUAUUAUAUUUACCUUUCUAUCCCCUAUAAAACUAAAGCUUCUCCCUCCAUAUUAGGCUAGUGUGUAAAAAUAUGGUAUGUGGUGUCAGCAUAUCAAAUCAUAUCAAGAAACAAGUGUUCAAUGUUUUAUAUGAGCAUGACGUGUUAUAUGUGCAUGACUCUCAUCGAAUUAAAAACACAGCUCAAAUCUACUACAGUCAGAAGCCUGGCCUUAGGGCCAGAGAGCGAGUGUGUGUGUGUGUGUGUGUGUGUGUGUGUGUGUGUGUGUGUGUGUGUGUGUGUGUGUAUAUGUGUGUGUGUGUGUGUGUGUAUAUGUGUGUGUGUCUGUGCGUGCGUGCGUGCGUGCAAACCCAAACACUGCUCUGGCAUCCAGGUCUGGAGAAUGCAAUCUGGAAACAUUUUAUUUUUCUUGCUCUGCACUUACCCAAUUACAUUCUCUUAAAUGCUUAAUCUUAGUAUUUUGGUGCUUAUUACACCACAGUAGGGUUUGAAUAUAUGUAGUUAAUCCUCUCUUUGUAAGUUAUUAGUGUUGCUAAACAUAGAUAAUUGGUGAUUGUCUGACCAAUUAUAGCAAUAGAUGCCUUUAUGAGGUCAUGAGAAUAGGGGUGGAAUGUUGGUGGAAUGCUGUGUGAUUUGAUUGACAUAUGGUUGACCUCCUGACCCCUUAAAACCCCUUAACCCCUGACCUCUGUGUUGUUUCAGGGACACGUCUGGCCAGGGGCGCUUCUGCACCAUCUUCCGCUCUUACUCCAGAGGAGCGCAGGUAUGUGUGUUCGUGCGCCUGCGUGCGUGCGUGCGAUUGUGUUUGAUUGUUUGCCUAGGAGAGUGUGUUUAGCAUUUUUCAGUACACUGUUUGAUAAUGGUUCAGUCUACACACAUUAUUGUUUCACAAUUACAAAACAAAUAACGUACAGUGUUUACAGCAGGGGAAUGUUUCUCUUGGCUGCUGCUGCUGCUGCACACUGCAUAGUAAACCCUAAUGUAUAAAACCUUACAUGGUUCUGUGGAAAACUCAAUCAAAGGACAGAUUUCAUUUCUGAGGAAAGGAAUAGCCUUGAGAAUUUCAACAUAAAGAACACAGUAGCCCAUUUGAGAAUGUUUUAGAAUCACCACAUACAACCUGUAAAUACUAUGCUGUAGGUCUUCACAUGCACAAGUCUUACUGGCUGUGCUAAUAUUAUAGAGUGGGUGCAUGUGAGUUAUUUGUACAUGUUUUCACAUCCAUCUGUAUAUCAGCACCAUCACUACUGACCCCAGCACCCUUUCCUGUGGAAACAGUACAGUAUGGGUGGAUGGGGGUGCACCUAUCUAAACAGGGACAGUGGAUGGGCCUGUGCACUGUUCAAAAACAAAACUUUAAUGGUACAUCAUUGUUAGUGGAGCCAGUCCUUUUACCAUGUAGGAAAUCUAUUUAGUUCAACCACAUUUAUCCCUGAUAGGGUGCUACUGAACCCUACUUGCUUUACCGAAUCCGAAACCAAGGCUGAUCAGCUACUGAGAAUUCUCACCUCCUAGGCAAUGAAUAAAAAUGACUUGGUGAAUAAAGUUAUUAUUUUUAUGAUUGGUACUUAUCGGCCCGUUACUGAGUGCAGACUAGGUGUUACCAUGGUGACAAUGACACCCCCGCAAUAGCGAGGCAGCAGGCUGUGCUUCUUGAACACUGUGUCCACAUCAUAACUAAAGUCAUCAGAGUUCAACUGUGUGUGUGUGUGUGUGUGUGUGUGUGUGUAUGUAUGUGUGCAGUCAGGUCAGGAUAAAACAAAUAGAAGUCUCACAUUCACACACACACACACAUCUGUGGCAUCUCUAACAGUUCUAUGGAAUACAUACUGAUGGAGAAUUAGCUUGAAUCCUCAGUGUUAGCUACUGGCACCACCAGUGACAGUAAAACGUAAUGGCAGUUGGCAGUUGGACAGACUACUCCAGCUAAUUGCAUUUAUACAGGAAUGUGCUAUUCCCAUUAGACUUUCUAUAGUUUACACUGUAUCCCAUUAACUGAAUAGUCUGCUUCAUUGUCUCUGGCCUCAAUUCAAUUUGAGUAGCCUACUGUACACAAUAUCACAUAGUUUACUGUGCAUCUCCGCUUAGAGAGUGUGUGUGUUUGUGUUUAAAGGCCCACUUUUUUUCAACUGAAAGACGAUGUCCAGAGCUUACCCAUGAUGUGGCACAACAAUUGAAGUCAAUAAGUCAUCGUUUUAAUCAAAGUAUGAUAUAUUUGGGCUUGAAGUGGGAAAUCCGAAGUGGGGGCUUUUUUUUCCCGUGGCAAUGCCGUGUGGUUCCCCUAUGAUAUGACAUGCUAAUACUGUCACGAUUUAAACUGAAUAUGAACCCAAAUGCAGACAACUACACCGAGCCAGAGAAGGUUUAACAGGUUUAUUUCAAAGUUAAAUUGUCCAGGUUUCCAAAAAUAGGGGAAGAGCAAGUCCAGGUCUACAGGGAGGGUAACAGAUCCAGGGUUCUGAGCAGGAGUGGUACCGUAACGUCCUAGUGUCCGUGGUGAGUCCAAAUGUGAGGUCCAGUAGUGGAAAGCAGGAUGGUGGUGGCAGGAGUGAAGCGGAGGCAGGAGUCAGGUUCCAAUAAUCUGUGGCACAGGAGAAAUAUAAAUAGAACCGGCCAAAAACACAAAGAGCGAAAACAAGCAGGUUGAGUCAGCAGCGAGACUAACAUGGUCGUCUUGACUAUGAUCUGACGAUGAGUGGCAAGUUUGACCGGGUUUUUAAGGCUGAGGUGAUUAUGGUGAAUGAGCUGCAGCUGGAACCCUGACUCCCGCACACCAGACUUCACUCCUGCAAUUAAGAACAGACAGAGGGGAGGGGGAGAGCAGAGAGAGAGAGCUACCUAGUAGCAGUAGGCCUAACAAAUACUUUUCAGUUCAUAUUCAUUUUCAGGGCUGUAUUUUAUUUUAUUGUUACACCCACCAGCAUGGCAUUGUUUAUUAAUCAGAAACACCUGCACAGUUCUUCCUCUUUGCAAGACACGACUGAGACAAACAGCUUUUCGCUGUAGCCUACACUUGGACCCUUGAGCCAUGUAGCAAAUUCAAGUAGGGAGUGCAAACUUGUUUUUGAGCUAGUCUGUAUAUAUAUACUACCAGUCAAAAGUUUGGACACACCUACUCAUUAAAGGGUUUUUCUUUAUUUGUACUAUUUUUUACAUUGUAGAAUAAUAGUGAAGACAUCAAAACUAUGAAAUAACACAUAUGGAAUCAUGUAGUAACCAAAAAAGUGUUAAACAAAUCAACAUAUAUUUUAUAUUUGAGAUUCUUCAAAUAGCCACCCUUUGCCUUGAUGACAGCUUUGCACACUCUUGGCAUUCUCUCAACCAGCUUCAUGAGGUAGUCACCUGGAAUGCAUUUCAAUUGACAGGUGUGCCUUCUUAAAAGUUAAUUUGUGGAAUUUGUUUCCUUCUUAAUGCGUUUGAGCCAAUCAGUUGUGUUGUGACAAGGUGUGUGUGUGGGGGGGAGGGGGGGGGGGGGGGGGGGGGGGGGGUAUACAGAAGAUAGCCCUAUUUGGUAAAAUACCAAGUCCAUAUUAUGGCAAGAACAGCUCAAAUAAGCAAAGAGAAACGACAGUCCAUCAUUACUUUAAGACAUGGUCAGUUAAUACUGAAAGUUUCUUCAAGUGCAGUCGCAAAAACCAUCAAGCACUAUGAUGAAACUGGCUCUCAUGAGGACCACCACAGGAAUGGAAGACCCAGAGUUAACCUCUGCUGCAGAGGAUAAGUUCAUUAGAGUUACCAGCCUAAGAAAUUGCAGCCAAAAUAAAUGCUUCACAGAGUUCAAGUCACAGACACAUCUCAACAUCAACUGUUCAGAGGGGACUAUGUGAAUCAGGCAUUCAUGGUCGAAUUCCUGCAAAGAAACCACUUCUAAAGGACACCAAUAAGAAGAAGAGACCUGCUUGGGCCAAGAAACACGAGCAAUGGACAUUAGACCGGUGGAAAUGUGUCCUUUGGUCUGGAGUCCAAAUUGGAGAUUUUUGGUUCCAACCGCUGUGUCUUUGUGAGACGCGGUGUGGGUGAACGGAUGAUCUCUGCAUGUGUAGUUCCCACUGUAAAGCAUGGAGGAGGAGGUGUUAUGGUGUGGGGGUGCUUUGCUGGUGACACUGUCUGUGAUUUAUUUAGAAUUCAAGGCACACUUAACCAGCAUGGCUAACACAGUAUUCUGCAGCGAUACGCCAUCCCAUCUGGUUUGGGCUUAGUGGGACUAUCAUUUGUUUUUUAACAGGACAAUGACCCAACACACCUCCAGUCUGUGUAAGGGCUAUUUUACCAAGAAGGAGAGUGAUGGAGUGCUGCAUCAGAUGACCUGGCCUCCACAAUCCCCCAACCUCAACCCAAUUGAGAUGGUUUGGGAUGAGUCGAACGGCAGAGUGAAGGAAAAGCAGCUAACAAGUGCUCAUCAUAUGUGGGAACUCCUUCAAGACUGUUGGAAAAGCAUUCCAGGUGAAGCUGGUUGAGAGAAUGCCAAGAGUGUGAAAAGCUGUCAUCAAGGCAAAGGGUGGCUAUUUGAAGAAUCUCAAAUAUAAAAUAUAUUUUGAUUUGUUUAACACUUUUUUGGUUACUACAUGAUUCCAUGUGUUAUUUCAUAGUUUCGAUGUCUUCACUAUUAUUCUACAAUGUAGAAAAUACUAAAAAUAAAUAAAAACCCUUGGUACUGUAUAUAUAUAUAUAUAUAUAUAUAUAUAUAUAUAUAUAUAUAUAUAUAUAUAUAUAUAUAUAUAUAUAUAUAUACAGUACCAGUCAAAAGUUUGGACACGCCGACUCAUUCAAGGGUUUUUCUUAUAUAUAGAUAGAUAGAUAGAUAGAUAGAUAGAUAGAUAGAUAGAUAGAUAGAUAGAUAGAUAGAUAGAUAGAUAGAUAGAUAGAUAGAUAGAUACACUGACAGCUGUCAGUUCCCUAUUUGUUGCUGUUUCUCCGGUCCACGUUUAAACCACCAGGACAUUCCGAGGUGGAACCUAAACAAGCAUUUACACUCUAAGGCAAGAAUUGUGUUGAAAAUAUGGGCGGCAUUGCUCUCUGGUGGGCGCCUUUAGGAGUGCAUGCUGGAUACCAUUCCAUUCUUGUUUUAUGAUUACCUCUCUCUCUAUUCUCCCCAAUACCUCUCUCUCUAUUAAUACCUCUCUCUCUCUCACCCUUUCUCUCGUGCUGGAAUGUAUAGCUGCCGUUUUAUAGGCUCCUGGGCUAUUUUGUGUUUUUUUGUACAUAAUGUUUCCGCCAUCGUUUCCUAUUACCGAAAAGAUAUUCUGGACAUCAGAAAAGCAAUCACUAACCUCUAUUUGGAUGAAGAUUUCUACUUCAAUGAGUCAGGGGCACAGGACAUACUGCUCACCACGGACCAGGCCCUAAUUUCCAACACUCGGAAGAGAAAGAGAUGCGAUAGACGCCGACGUGCGGGUACCCUGAUGAAAAUAUGCCGAUGAGUAUAUAAUCUGCCUCUACCCUCUGUUCUAUUGGCGAAUGUACAAUCACUGGAGAACAAACUGGACGAACUCCGUUCGAGACUAUCCUAUCAACGGGACCUGAAGAACUGUAAUAUCCUAUGUCUCUUGGAAACUUGGCUGAACAAGGACAUGGAUAAUAUUUAGGCAGUUUUUUCUAUGCAACAGCAGGACAAAACGGCAGUGUUGGGUAAGCUCAAGGGGGUUGUGUGUUUCUCUUUGUUAACAACAGCUGGUGCACAAUUUCUAAUAUUAAGGAAGUUUCAAGGUUCUGCUCGCAUGAGUUAGAAUACCUCAUGAUAAGCUGUAGACCAUACUAUUUACCACGAGAGUUUAUCUAUAUUUUUCGUAGCUUUCUCUUUACCACCAAAAACCGAUGUUGGCACUAAGACCACACUCAACGAGCUGUAGAGGGCCAUAAGUAAACAAGAAAAUGCUCAUCAUUUUAAUGCAGGAAAACUGAAAUCAGUCUUACCUAAUUUCUACCAGCAUGUCACCUGUGCAACUAGAGGCGAAAAAAAACUCUAGAUUCACCUUUACUCCACACACAGAAAAGCAUUCAAAGCUCUCCCUCACCCUCCAUUUGGCAAGUCUGACCAUAACUCUAUCCUCCUGAUUCCUGCUUACAAGCAAAACCUCAAACAGGAAAUACCAGUGACGCACUCAAUAUGGAAGUGGUCCGAUGAAGCAUAUGAUAAGCUACAGGACUGACAUCAGUCACCGGCUUCAUCAAUAAGUGCAUCGAUGACGUUGUCCCCACAGUGACCGUGGAAAGGCUAGAGCUGUCGCUUUCAAGGAGCGGGACACUAACCUGGAUGCUAAUAAGAAAUCCUGCUAUGCCCUCCAACAAACCAUCAAACAGGCAAAGCAUCAAUACAGGACUAAGAUCGAAUCCUACUACAAGGCAAGGCAAGCAAAACUGAACCAUACAUGAGAACACCAGCUGUUCCGGAUGUCUGUGUGAUCACGCUCUCUGUAGCCAACGUGAGUAAGACCUUUAAACAGGUUAACAUUCACAAGGCCGCAGGGCCAGAUGGAUUACCAUGACGCGUACUCAGAGCAUGCGCUGACCAGCUGGCAAUUGUCUGUGCUGACAUUUUAUUUUUGUGUUUUUUUUGUGUGUUACCCCAUUUUUCUCCCCAAUUUCGUGGUAUCCAAUUGGUAGCUACAGUCUUGUCCCAUCGCUGCAACUCCCGUAUGGACUCGGGAGAGGCGAAGGUCGAGAGCCGUGCGUCCUCCGAAACACAACCCAACCAAGCCACACUGCUUCUUGACACAAUGCCCGCUUAACCCGGAAGCCAGCCGCACCAAUGUGUCGGAGGAAACACCGUCCACCUGGUGACUGUGUCAGCGUGCACUGCGCCCGGGCCAACACAGGAGUCGCUAGUGCGCGAUGGGACAAGAACAUCCCUGCCGGCCAAACCCUCCCCUAACCUGGACGACGCUGGGCCAAUUGUGCGCUGCCCAUGGGUCUCCCGGUUGCACUGACAUGUUCAACCUCUCCCUGACCCAGUCUGUAAUACCUACAUGUUUUAAGCAGACCACCCUAGUCCCUGUGCCCAAGAACACCAAGGUAGCCUGUCUAAAUGACUAUCACCCCGUAGCACUCACAUCUGUAGCCAUGAAAUGCUUUGAAAGGCUGGUCAUGGCUCACAUCAACACCAUCAUCCCAGACAUCCUGGACCACUCCAAUUCGCAUACUGCCCCAACAGAUACACAGAUGACGCAAUCUUUAUUGCACUCCACACUGCCUUUUCCCACUUGGAUAAAAGGAACACCUACGUGAGAAUACUGUUCAUUGACUACAGCUCAGCGUUCAACACCGUAGUGCCCUCCAAGCUCAUCACCAAGCUAAGGACCCUGGGACAAAACAUCCCCCUCUGCAACUGGAUCUUGGACUUCCUGAGGGGACGCCCCCAGGUGGUGAGGAUAGACAACAACACAUCCGCCACGGUGACCCUCCUGUACUCCCUGUUCACCCACGAAACCGUGGUCGCACACGACUCCAACACUAUUAUUACGUUUGCCAACGACACGACAGUGGUAGGCCUGAUCACUGACGAUGAUGAGACAGCCUAUAGGGAGGAGGUCAGAGACCUGGCAGUAUGGUCAAGUUGGUUGUUAAUCAUUGCUAGACAGUCAUUGCCAAGUCUUGCCAUAGAUUUUCAAGCUUAUUUAAUUCAAAACUGUAACUAGGCCGCUCAGGAACAUUCAAUGUCAUCUUGGUAAGCAACUCCAGUUUAUAUUUGGCAUUGUGUUCUAGGUUAUUAUCCUGCUGAAAGGUAGAUUUGUCUCACAGUGUCUGUUGGAAAGGAGACUGAACCAGCUUUUCCUCUAGGAUUUUCCCUGUGCUUAGCUCUAUUCUGUUUCUUUUUAUCCUAAAAAACUCCCUAGUCCUUGCCGAUGACAAGCAUACCCAUAACAUGAUGCAGCCACCACCAUGCUUAAAAAUAUGAAGAGUGGUACUCAGUAAUGUGUUGUGUUGGAUUUUCCCCCAAACAUAACGCUUUGUAUUCAGGACAUAAAGUUAAUUUCUUCUCAAUUUUCUUUGCAGUUUUACUUUAGUGCCUUAUUGCAAACAGGAUGCAUGUUUUGGAAUAUUUUUUAUUCUGUACAGGCUUCUUUUCACUCUGUCAUUUAGGUUAGUAUUGUGGAUUAGCUAAAAUGUUGUCGAUCCAUCCUCAGCUUUCUCCUAUCACAGCCAUUAAACUCGGUGACUGUUUUAAAGUCACACUUGGUGAAAUCCCUGAGCAGUUUCCUUCAUCUCCGGCAACUGAGUUAGGAAGGACGCCUGUAUCUUUGUAGUGACUAGGUGUAUUGAUACACCAUCCAAAGUGUAAUUAAUAACUUCACCAUUCUCAAUGGGAUAGUCAAUGUCUUGUUUUUUUUUUUUUUUUUACCAAUCUACCAACAGGUGCCCUUCUUUGCAAGGCAUUGGAAAACCUCCCGUGUCUUUGUGGUUGAAUCCGUGUUUGAAAUUCACUGCUCAAUUGAGGGACCUUACAUAUAAUUGUAUGUGUGGGGUACAGAGAUGACAUAGUCAUUCGAAAAUCAUGUUGAACACUAUUAUUGCGCACAGAGUAAGUCCAUGCAACUUAUUAUGUGACUUGUUAAGCACAUUUUUAGUCCUGAACUUAUUUAGGCUUGCCAUAACAAAGGGGUUGAAUACUUAUUGACUCAGCUUUUCAUUUGUAAACAUUUCUAAAAACAUAAUUCCACUUUGUCAUUAUGGGGUAUUGUGUCUAGGCCAGUGACACACAAUCUCAAUUUUAUCCAUUUUAAUUUCAGGCUGUAACACAACAAAAUGUGUGAAUACUUUCUGAAGGCACUGUAUGGUCACACCAACACAGUCGUGAAAAGGGCACGACAGCACCUCUUCCCCUCAGGAGGCUGAAAAGAUUUGGCAUGGGCCCUCAGAUCCUCAAAAUGUUCUACAGCUGCAUCAUUGAGAGCAUCUUGACUGGCUGCAUCACCUCUUGGAAUGGCAACUGCUUGGCAUCUGACCGCAAGGCGCUACAGAGGGUAGUGCUACACAGGGUAGUGCUACAGAGGGUAGUGCUACAGAGGGUAGUGCUACAGAGGGUAGUGCUACACAGGGUAGUGUUACACAGGGUAGUGCUACAGAGGGUAGUGCUACAGAGGGUAGUGCUACAGAGGGUAGUGCUACAGAGGGUAGUGCUACAGAGGGUAGUGCUACACAGGGUAGUGCUACAGAGGGUAGUGCUACAGAGGGUAGUGCGCUCCAGCCACCCAAUUCAUAGACUGUUCUCUCUGCUAGCACACGGCAAGCGGUACCGAUGUACCAAGUCUGGAACCAACAGGACCCUGAACAGCCUCUACCCCAAAGCCAUAAGACUGCUAAAUAGUUUGUUAAAUAGUUAACCAAAUAGCUACACGGACUACCUACAAUGACCUUUUUUGCACAAAGUUUUUUGACUAAUCACGUAUUCUGCUGCUACUGUUUACUAUCUGUAACUUUAUUCCUAGGUAUAUGUACAUAUCUACCUCAAUUACCUCGUACCCUUGCACAUCGACUUGGUACUGGUACCCCUUGUCUAUAGCCAAGUUAUUGUUACUCAUUGUGUAUCUAUUAUUACUUUUAUUAUUACGUGUUUUACUCUUCUAUUAUUUCUCUUUCUCUCUGCAGUGUUGGGAAGGGCCCAUAAGUAAGCAUUUCACUGUUAGUCCACACCUGUUGUUUACGAAGCAUGUGAUUAAUACAAUUUUUGAUUUGAUCUCUCAGGGUGUGAUCUUGGUUUAUGACAUCACCAACCGAUGGUCCUUUGAUGGUAUUGACAGAUGGAUUAAGGAGAUAGAUGAGGUAAGAGACAUCGAUCAAUCGCUCUCUCUCAGAAACAGUAAACCUCAGCUGUGUCCCAAAUUGCACCCUAUUCCCUAUUCCCCAAAGGGCUCUGGUCAAAAGUAGUGCACUAUAAAGGGAAUAGGGUGCCAUUUGGGAUGCAAAUACAUUGUAAAUUGCAGCCUACAUCACUGAAUCGCUCCUAUUGCUCUAUGAUGUAAGACACGUUGCUCAAUAUCUGCUUGUGAAAAUGACUAAACCUUCUCCAACCCACAUCUCUCGCCUUUGCUCCAAAACAACUCACACACUCAUAAACUAGCCACACACAGAGUUACUUUCAAGAUAGCCCAUGUUAUGUGAAUAAUAUUAUUCACCUUCAAUGAAAAAGAAAACAUGCUAGUAUUCUGAACGAUUGAUUCUUGACAUGCUUUUUGCCCCCUUGGGACCUUUUAUUACCACUCCAUUAUUUUACUUAUUACAGGGAAGUACACUAUGUAACACAUAUGCAUACACACACCCUUAUCCACCCUGGUGUGCUAACAGAAUCUGUACCUCACCACUUUCUAUUCCCCUUCCUGUCUACCCAGCAUGCACCGGGAGUGCCUAAGAUCCUGGUGGGGAACCGGUUACAUCUGGCCUACAAGCGCCAGGUGACCACAGAGCAGGCCCAGGUGUACGCCGAGAGGUUAGGGGUCACCUUCUUCGAGGUCAGCCCGCUGUGCAACUUUAACAUCACAGAGUCCUUCACAGAGCUGGCCAGGAUAGUCCUGAUGAGGCACGGCAUGGAGAGACUCUGGAGGCCUAACAAAGGUGAGAGGGAGCGAGGGAGGGAGGGAGCAAGGGGGAGAGAGAGAGAGUGUGUGUGUGUGUGUGUGUGUGAGUGAGAGAGACUUUGGAGACCCAACAAAGGUGAAGCAGUGUACACUGAGCCUAUAGUAGCUUAUUCUUACUCUCUCUCUUACUGUUUUACACAAUGGUGCCCUCUCGUGGUGUAAUAUUGCUAUUUGUGAAAUAUUAAAUAUUAUUUCUCUCCCCCCCCCCCCCUCUCUCUUAGUUUUAAGUCUUCAGGACCUGUGCUGUCGUUCUAUCGUGUCCUGCACCCCUGUCCACCUUGUUGACAAGCUUCCUCUCCCCCUGGCCCUCAAGUCCCACCUCAAGUCUUUCUCCAUGGCCAAUGGCCUCAAUGCCCGCAUGAUGCACGGACGCUCCUACUCCGUCACUGCCACUGCUGCCAACACCACCCACAUCGCCACCAAGAGGACCGGAUGCCAGCUGCUGAAAAAUAAAAAACUAUUCCGCCCUCCGCCGCUCAGCCCGGCGGCCGCACAGAGCUGCUCUGGCAACAGCUGCAAGAUCUCCUAG